CACAUUGUUGCUCAGAUUUUAGAGAAGAUGAAUGAAUUUUGAGUAAUUGUCUCAGUUUUCAUUUUUACAAAAUAAACCAUUGGAUGACACUGGUCUUUGAGAUGGGUUGGGCGGGAAUGCUGCAGAUGGUGGGAAACGGAAGCAGCUGUGACUUUGUAGGUCAGGGGGCAGCUGGGGGUCUGUCAGUGAUCCUCACGCACUCACUCCAGCUGUUUCUGGGAAGUGGCCUAUUUCUGAACUUCUGUUGAAAAGAGUCAGUGUGAGAAAAUGACGAAAUAUUUAGGUUAUAAUAAUAGUGAGUGGACCCCCAAAUGAUACCAAAAGAGUACAAAAACAACGAGAACAACAGACUCUGUCAACACACAAGAUGGACCACAUCACCUUCAGAAGCCUUCCACUUGCAAGUGGCAUGUCUCCCCAGCUAACCCCCUGCACCUACAGCGAGGGCUUCAAGUUCUACCUCUUGCCAGCCAUCUAUGGUGCUGUCUUCCUCUUUGGCGCUCCUCUCAACGCCUCAGUCAUCCUGCACAUCUGGAGGUCAAGGCUGGCACUGACUAGGAGCUCCAUCUACAUGCUGAAUCUAGCGACUGCUGACCUUUUGUACACCUGUUCUCUGCCCCUGCUUGUCCUUUACCACAGCCGCCAUGACUACUGGCCGUUCGGCAAUGCUACCUGCAAGCUGGUCCGCUUCCAGUUCUACAGCAACCUGCACGGUAGCAUCUUCUUCCUCACUGUUGUCAGUGUUGAGCGCUGCUUGGGUGUGUGCUGGCCACUGGCUAGCUGGCGGCUGCGACACUGUGUUGGUGUGAGGGGAGCCUGGAUCGUGUCCCUGGCCAUUUGGGCAACAGUGCUGGCACUGUGCUUCCCAACCCUCAGCUUCGCCAGCACGGGGAUCCAACGCAACCGGACUGUUUGCUAUGACCUGAGUAAGCCAGGCCAAGCAGCACAGUACCUGCCAUAUGGUAUAGCACUCACCGCCCUGGGUUUCAUGGCACCUUUUAUGGUCAUCAUCACAUGCUACUGUCGUAUGGCCCAUGUCCUGUGCAGGAAUGGCUUCUCAGCCGGGUUAGGAAAGAGGAGGCAGGCUUUGCGCAUGAUUGCCGUGGUGGCAGCAGUGUUUGCUGUCAGCUUCCUACCUUUCCAUCUCACCAAGACAGCGUACCAGCUGGUGUACUCCAUGCCAGGAUUGGCCUGCAAGGUGCGCAACCUCUACGCCAUCAUUUAUAAGUCCACUCGGCCAUUUGCUAGCUUGAACAGCAUAAUAGACCCAUUCCUCUUCUUCUACACCCAAACAGCUGACAGGCGCACCAACAGAUUGACUCCACCAAAGCUUCUGAUCACCUCAGAGGUCAAAAUGAUGACCUGAGAGGUGGGCCAGAGGACCAGAUAUGUGUUUGGGAACAAUUUUUUUUUUUUUGUCGCACUUUGCGCUACAUCUCAGCACUACAGUAAGAUGCAGCUAUAGGAAUAUGAAGGAUACUAACAUACAACUGUCUUCUGUAACCUUUAAUGUGAUUUAAGAAAUACUCUGCAUUUAAAAUCACCUGGAUACUUAAAAACAAGCACUUUGUGGAAAGCAUAUUAAUAAAUGUAACAAAUCAAUGUAGAAAAUGUAUUUAAUGCAUAACUGAUUUUUUUUUCAAGUGAAUUCAAUCAUUAUUUCAUUUUACUGCUGAAUCAUGUGACCUAGACCUGUAUGAAUAAUGGAUGACUUCAUUAAAAAAAAUUCUCAUCUAUAAAUUGGAAUUUAUUAUUUUUAUAAUUUUUUUAAUGGGGUAGCCCAUUAAUGGCUCUAGCCUCAGAGCAGAUGAGAAAGUAGAACAUAUUGCAGCACAUAAUAGGGCAGCAUGGUGGCACAGUGAGUAGCGCUGCUGUCUCACAGCACCUGGGUGGUG